AGACCCUUGGGUCAUGAAGACAGACCCCCGGGUCAGGGGGACAGACCCUUGGGUCAUGAAGACAGACCCCCGGGUCAGGGGGACAGACCCUUGGGUCAUGAAGACAGACCCCCGGGUCAGGGGGACGGGGACAGACCCUUGGGUCAUGAAGACAGACCCCCGGGUCAGGGGGACAGACCCUUGGGUCAUGAAGACAGACCCCCGGGUCAGGGGGACGGGGAGAGACCCCCGGGUCAGGGGGACGGGGACAGACCCUUGGGUCAUGGAGACAGACCCCAGGGUCAAGUGGACGGGGAGGAGAGAGCCCUGAGUGAGGGGGACGGACACCCAGGUGAGGGGGAGAGAGAGGAGACACCCCCAGGUCAGGGGGAGAGGGCCCAGGUUGAGAAGGUUCACGGGGAAUGCGAUCCGUGCCACUGGGUGGUAGACCUGAACGCAGGGGAAAUGAACCUCAACCAGGGAGAGAUGCCACUGAGCCAGGAAAGCAAGGAGGAUGUAGAUAGUGAGCAGGAUUCUGUCUCUCCAAAGCCAAGUCAUCCAGGGUCAAGCUGCUUACGGAGGGCCCAAAGGGUAAACCGGAUCCGGAAUGGCAGUGGAUCCCCAAUUGGAAGCCCCAGGUUGAGGAGACGCCAAUUCUUGACAGUUCCACACGACGCAGAGCGAGCCUCCAGUGGAGCAAGUGAUGGAUACACCAGCUCAGAGCAUGAGGACUGGAGUUCAGAUUAUAAUUACACUGAUGCCUUUGACGGGGAGACUGCAGAUGAACCGAAAGCUGCGCAAGAAGCUUCUGAAGCAAUGCCGUAUAUUGAUGAAUCUCCCACAAUGUCACCACACCUCAGUUCCAGAGCCAAGGAAACAAACAACACAGAUACGACAACAACAGACAGCAUGGCAGCAAUGGCAUGGCUCACAAUGAUUAUUUUUAACAGGUUUCACAGAAAUGUCAUGAAUGAGGCACUUGCACAGUUCAGCACCAUGGAAAGAGGACAAAACAAGAGAAAUACUGACAGAGCACAAGAGAAAGAGCGAGAUAAAGACAUACUGCUGUAG